AUCCUGAUGACUAUGGUAGCAUUCUCAGCCAUAGCUCUGUACAACGUGCUUGAACUCAACGUCAUUAUCUUUGCAACUUUUAGAUGUCGAAAGGGCUUGUACUUCUGGAGCUUUAUCGUGGCUACUUGGGGUAUUGUACCGCACACAGUGGGGUUCAUCUUUAAGUUCUUCGCGGUCACAUCAGUAUGGUGGGCGCCACUGGUUCUAGUCUCUGUCGGCUGGUUUGCGAUGGUGUCUGGGCAGUCGGUGGUGCUGUAUUCUCGACUACACCUGGUGGUUCGAAACUAUGAGAGAAUUCGCUGGGUCCUUUACAUGAUCAUAUUCAACGCUGUUGUACUUGGCAUCCCCGACAUGAUCUUGGCGUUCUUUACCAAUCGCCCAAAUGCACAAGCCUCUGUCGUCAACGCCUUCACGAUAUUCGACAAGGUGCAGGUUAGCAUAUUCUUCGUCCAAGAGUGUAUCAUCUCGGGCCUCUAUAUCUACGAAACUGUACGAUUGCUACGACCUGCUGAAGACAUCGGUCGAAAUCCACUACGGAAACUCCUGGUUCAUCUCAUAUUGGUCAAUGUCCUGGUAUUGAUCUUCGAUGCCACACUUCUUGGCACUGAAUAUUCAGGCAAUUGGGAGAUUCAAACGACCUACAAACCUGCCAUCUAUAGCAUCAAGCUGAAGAUCGAGUUCUCUGUGCUGAAUCGCCUAGUCAGUAUCGUCAAG